UAAACUGCGCUGCGCUCACUGAGCUGCUCUGAGCGCACUGUCUCUCCAUCAGCCGCUCCUGAGGGGCAAAGUGUGGACCGACUGCCUGAGGGGCUUCAGUUUGGACUCGGAUAGCUGUGCUCAUUCCAGACAGUGCAACUGGACUCUUUCACUCCUUUCAUAAAGGACAUAAUGGACAGGUAGGCUAAGGAGUGAAGGAUGGACAGCUGAGGUUUUCAGAGAACAGUACAGAACCGUUACACUGGUCACUUGGAGAAGGAAAAGAAACACGCUUUGCUCUUCAUUUGCUCCUUCUUCGCUAAGCCCGCGAUGGGAGAGGGUGCUAAAGGCGGCUGUGCUGCUGCUUCAGCUCGGACUCACUGUAACAGCUCCACCGACACGGCCACUGUGCAGAGGAUUUACCUUCCGCUCUUCCUGCUGCUGCUCUUGUUCACCCCGCGCGUGGAUUCCUCCUGGUGGUAUAUUGGUGCACUGGGUGCUCGGGUUAUAUGCGACAACAUUCCAGGCCUAGUCAACAAGCAGAGGCAGUUGUGCCAGCGACACCCAGACCUGAUGCAAUCCAUUGGCGAGGGAGCCAAGGAGUGGAUCCGGGAGUGCCAGCACCAGUUCCGACACCACCGCUGGAACUGCAGCACGUUGGAACGAGACCACACAGUGUUCGGCCGCGUCAUGCUCCGCAGCAGUCGAGAGGCAGCGUUCGUGUAUGCCAUCUCCUCUGCAGGAGUGGUCUAUGCUAUCACCAGAGCCUGCAGCCAGGGGGAGCUCAAGACCUGCAGCUGUGACACCCACAAGAGAGGGAGAGCCAGUGACGAAAUGGGGGGCUUUGACUGGGGUGGCUGCAGCGACAACGUCAACUACGGCAUCAAGUUUGCCAAGGCUUUUGUGGAUGCCAGGGAGAGGAUGGUAAAAGAUGCCCGAGCUCUGAUGAACCUGCACAAUAACCGUUGUGGGAGGAUGGCAGUGAAGCGCUUCAUGAAGCUGGAAUGCAAGUGCCAUGGAGUCAGCGGCUCGUGCGCUGUACGGACAUGUUGGCUUGCUAUGUCAGAUUUCCGCCGCACGGGAGACUACUUGAGGAAGAAGUACAACACAGCCGUGGAGGUCACAAUGAACCAGGAUGGCACUGGGUUCAUGGCUGCAGACAGGAACUUCCGAGGAACAACCAAAAAUGAUCUUGUGUACGUGGAAAGCUCUCCAGACUAUUGCCUCAUGGACCGAACAGCAGGUUCUCUGGGCACUGCAGGGAGGGUGUGCAACAAGUCAUCCAGGGGCAUGGAUGGUUGCGAAGUCAUGUGCUGCGGCCGCGGAUACGACACCACACGAGUCAAACGAGUCACCAAAUGCGAGUGCAAGUUCAAGUGGUGCUGCGCUGUAGAAUGCAGCGACUGUGAAGACACUGUGGACGUUCACACCUGCAAGCCACAUAAGAGGCCCGACUGGCUGGAUCUCACUUGACUGGCAUGGUUGCGGCCAAGCACUCAAGAAUUUCAUCUUCUCAGGUUUUUCAAGUGGACCACUGCAUCAUGGGAUGCCGGGCCCCAGCUUCCAGAUCUCCACCAGCAAACCUUUGAACCGUGUUGGACUUCCGUGGUGAAAUAACAGAGGCGAAGCUGUUACCAAGUCUGGAACCUUGCUAGUCAUUGGAUGUCAUGGGAAAGUAUAUUUUAAUCUAUGGUUUGCGUUGUCGUGGCUGAAUGACCUGUGAUCAGAUCGUAGAAAUGGUUGCACACUGCUUUAAGACUCUCAUGUUAACUUACAUACAUAACUCUUAAUUUGCUUUUAAGACUUGUUUGACAAGAAUGAACAUUUGUUACGCUCUUUCCCUUAAAUGGACUCCCAGAUUUAGUCUAGCUAACUGAAAUUAAGAUCAAGGACUUGACACUGGAGAUGGUACAAAGCACCAAGAACUUCUAUGAGAAGAAUUCAGAAUAGACUGAUGCUCUCAGUUCUAUAUUUGACUGGAAGCACACCCCAACUUUCCACAGCACAUGGAAAUACCCCUGAUUUGUCCAUUAAUCAA